AGCUUCACACGUUUCAGUGUAGAAAGGGGAAAGAAACUUUGAAGUUGCCUUCGAAGAAAGCGUGGUUCUUCAACGAAUUUAUUUCUAAUAGUUUUCCACUGUCCGUGGUUUACUUAUGUGUGUAAUGGUUAAGUUGCGGCGGUUAUACUAGUUGUGCAGUUGUUUCGUUGGCAUGGACAUAGCACAGUGCUAUUUAGAGGGUAAUGCUGAUGCUGUGGAAUUUUGUCCACAUGAUUCCUGUCACAAUGUUUUAGCGGCUUCCACUUACACACUGCUAGAAGGUGGCCAGCCUAGUAGACAUGGGAGCAUUUUUCUCUUCAAUGUUGAUGUGGACUUGGGCCACCUUGACAUGGUUUAUAGUGAGAAAACCUCUGGGAUUUUUGACAUAAAGUGGAAUCCAUGUGGAGGGCAUGCGAGUCCUUCUUUGGCUCAAGCAGAUGCUGAUGGAUACUUGAGAAUUAAAAUGCUGGAGGGUGGUUGUAAUGGGGUGGAAGGGGCUUAUCUAAAAGAGAUGACAAGUGAAAAGAUUAGUAACUCUAUGUGCCUUUAUUUGGAUUGGAACCCUUCAGCCACAUCCAUCACAGUAGGGCUUUCUGAUGGCUCAGUAUCUAUUGUAUCUCUUCUUGAAUCCAAGCUGGAAAUACAGGAAGAGUGGAAGGCACAUGAUUUUGAACUUUGGACAACCUCCUUUGAUAUCCACCAGCCAAAUUUGGUAUAUACUGGCUCUGAUGAUUGUAAGUUCAGUUGUUGGGAUCUAAGGGAUAGUCCUCCCAAUAUGGUAUUUCAGACCUCUGAAGUCCACAAAAUGGGCGUUUGUUGCAUUGAAAAGAGUCCUCAUGACCCAAAUAUUUUAUUAACCGGCAGCUAUGAUGAAUUCUUGAGGGUAUGGGAUUUAAGAUCUAUCUCAAAACCCGUUAAUGAGACUUCAAUUAGGUUAGGGGGAGGAGUUUGGAGGGUGAAGCACCACCCCUUCAUUCCUGGCCUGGUCUUGGCUGCCUGUAUGCACAAUGGUUUUGCUAUUGUUGCCAUUAAAGGUGACAAAGCUGAAAUUGUGGAAACUUACAAGAAACAUGAUUCUCUUGCAUACGGAGCAGACUGGCAGAAAGGAGAAGCAAAUCAAAGAGGUGAGAAAACGAAACCACUAGUGGCUACUUGUUCAUUCUAUGACAAACUUAUACGGGUAUGGAGACCCGGAAAUGAUAUUAUCUUGUAGAUUGAUGCUUAACGUUAGCCCAGUUGGAAAUGUAAUAUGUAGCUAUUUAUUUGUUGAAUCGUGCUUGCAUUAAGUGACUUUCAUCUGCAACUUACCAUGAUUUCAAACUCGCUUAUUUACUCUCCAAUCUUACCCUUAUUUAAGAAAAAUGGUGAUAAUGAUGGCCAUGCAGCUAUUAACCUAUCCUGCCCAGCGUACUUGAUUUAGGUGAGAUUUAUG